CUCUAGGAUACGGAGGAAGCGUUUAGACUGAAGAGUGAGCGCAAUGGAGAGCGUAGUGCAGACCGUGGGAGCUCUGGAGGCAGUAGUCCUACGAGCCUUUGGUCCACACGGGGGACAAGUCCUCUUCACCCGGGACACGGGGCAGGCGAUGCUCAGCCGCAGCGGAGCACGUAUUCUCACUGCACUACGACUGGACAACCCACUGGCACGAAUCAUUGUGGACUGUGCAUCAAGACACAGUGCCAGAACAGGGGAUGGCUCCAAGUCCUUCAUCCUCCUCCUUGCCUCACUUGUUCGGAAAAUCAAGUGUGCUGCUUGUACUGACCAGCAGAUGUCCCUCUCCUACCCUUCCAGAGCGUGUUCCAAAGCUCGAUGCUUAGCUGAUGAGCUCUUGUCCUUCUCACUGCAUCACCUGGAUAACGUCCUGGGCGUGGGUGUCCUGCCUUACACACAGUGCCUCAUGUGGGAUGAGGUACACGCCGCGCUACCAUGUCCAGUUCAGAAGCUGCUAUCUGCCUUCUUCCACACCCGCCUGAGCCAGAAUCAUUGCAGUUUCAUCAGCGGACUCCUUUGUGAACUGUUAUCCAACUGGACAAUCAAAGACAACCAACCUUAUUCCUCCCUGCAGUUUUUGAAUGACUCUUGGCCUGCGCUGUAUACUCCUGUAGUUGGCUUUCCCAUCGUUUACUCCCGGUUACUCGAGGGGCAGGUCAUCCAUAGAGACUUUGCGAUACCAUCCACACAGACCGCACAAGGACCAGUCAAGGCUAUUGUUUUAACCUCACCUCUUCACCCCAAAUUCAUUGAAGCAGGGGAGACACUGGAAAUUGGAGGCAAGGGGGAUAUUCUGCAUUUCAGCUCUUUUGCAGAAAGCUCUCUAGAAUGUGUGAUCUCAUACCUGUGCAGUCUGGGGGUGUCUGUGCUCCUGUCUUCAGUCAAGCAGCCAGCUGUGGUUUUGGCCCUAGCAGCACAGGCGUGCAUCAGUGUGGUGGAGUGUAUCAGCCAGGAGGACUUAGAUCUGUUCAUCCAUCUAAGUGAAGCCACAGCUGUCUCUGGCUUUUGGAAUAUCCAGUCAAAGCAUGUGGUCUCUCUGGCCUUUUGUAAAGCAGCAGUUCUUGGAGCUCACAGGUAUGUCCACGUGGGUUUCCCUGAUAAACAAGACCUUAAACCUUGCAGCCUGGUCGUCUGUGGCGCUGGAGAAGGCCAGACUGAACAGCACGCAUUGGCUAUGCUAGACGCUAUCAGGAUGCUUCUGACCACCUGGCAACCCCCUACCUCUGCACAACCUGAAAGAAACUCCUCCAUUACAUCUAACUGCCCUCCUCGUCACCCAAACUGUCCACAAGGCUGCGUUCUGACUGCUGGUGGAACUUUUGAAUUCCUUUUAAGUCACAGCCUUCAAAACAAUUCAGCUCCUAGACACACAUAUAUGAUUUCCUGCAUCUUGGCUGACUCCCUCCUUUGCCUUCCUCGACUUAUUUACUCCCACAAACCAUUGCAUUUUGUUCAAAUCCAAUCCAAAGUUAUAAAACGCACACACACAAGCCCUAUGUCUUCAGAGAGCAGUAUAAAUGUAGGAUCAGAAUGUUGUAUACAGGAGUCGGGGCUAGAGUCGGUCUUCUGUAAGUACCAGUUGCUUUUGGCGGUGUUACAGUGUGUCUCACAGCUUUUCCGUAUAGACUCUGUUAUUCACACACGCAGGAGAUUAAAAACAAUCGCAAACAUUUCCUGCAAGGAGGAGGAGAGGGAAGAGGAGGAAGAGCAGGUUGAGGAAUGACAUUGUAUUGUGUGCUAAUGGGGAGGCUGGUCUCUCUUUAAAGCUGACAUUCAGGCAUAACAUAAAGAGUGCAUAGAACAAUAAAAGCUGGUGAGAUGUCUUUAUUCAUUAAAACAGGUAUUCUAAGGUAUACGUAUUAAAGGUGCACUAACAUGUACAUAUUAAAGGUGCACUAUGAAACUUCUGGGAGAUGGUUCGUGGAAUAUUCCACAAUAUGGCAUUACAUGUUUACACUUUAUAAUGAUUAUAUCUUAAUUAAC